CAGCUCUCCAGGGUGAAGUGAAACAGUUCUGGCUUCUGAUCUGAAUGUCAAGUGUGUGAUCUAUGGCUACAUGACUGCCUGAAGGAGAAGAACAAUGUUAUGUUGGGGAUACUGGUCUCUGGGCCAACCAGGUAUCAGCACCAAUCUGCAAGGAAUAGUGGCUGAGCCGCAGGUGUGUGGAUUCAUAUCGGACAGAAGUGUCAAGGAGGUGGCCUGUGGAGGAAACCACUCUGUGUUCCUGCUGGAGGAUGGGGAGGUUUACACGUGUGGUUUGAACACCAAGGGGCAGCUGGGCCACGAGAGGGAAGGAAACAAGCCAGAACAAAUAGGAGCUUUGGCAGACCAGCACAUUAUUCAUGUGGCUUGUGGUGAAUCCCAUAGUCUGGCUCUUAGUGACCGGGGCCAGCUGUUUUCUUGGGGUGCAGGGAGUGAUGGUCAACUAGGACUCAUGACGACUGAGGAUUCUGUGGCAGUGCCCAGGUUGAUACAAAAGCUGAACCAGCAGACUAUAUUACAAGUUUCCUGUGGCAACUGGCAUUGCUUGGCUCUUGCAGCUGAUGGCCAGUUCUUCACUUGGGGAAAGAACAGCCAUGGGCAGCUGGGCCUGGGGAAGGAGUUCCCCUCUCAAGCCAGCCCUCAGAGGGUGAGGUCCCUGGAGGGGAUCCCGCUGGCCCAGGUGGCUGCAGGAGGGGCUCACAGCUUUGCCCUGUCUCUCUCAGGAGCUGUUUUUGGCUGGGGGAUGAAUAAUGCAGGGCAGCUAGGGCUCAGUGAUGAAAAAGAUCGAGAGUCUCCAUGCCAUGUGAAACUCUUACGAACACAGAAAGUUGUCUACAUUAGUUGUGGAGAGGAGCACACGGCAGUCCUCACAAAGAGUGGAGGAGUGUUUACCUUCGGAGCUGGUUCCUGUGGGCAACUAGGGCAUGAUUCAAUGAAUGAUGAGAUUAAUCCAAGAAGAGUUCUGGAGUUAAUGGGCAGUGAAGUCACUCAGAUUGCCUGUGGCAGACAACACACCCUAGCCUUUGUGCCUUCUUCUGGACUCAUCUAUGCAUUUGGUUGUGGAGUAAGAGGUCAACUAGGAACUGGACACACUUACAAUGUCAAGUGCCCAUCUCCUGUGAAGGGUUACUGGGCCGCCCACAGUGGCCAGCUUUCAGCUCGAGCUGAUCGCUUUAAAUAUCAUAUUGUUAAGCAGAUUUUCUCUGGAGGAGACCAGACUUUUGUACUUUGCUCCAAAUACGAGAAUUAUUCUCCUGCUGUUGACUUCAGGACUGUGAACCAAGCACAUUAUACCAGCUUAAUAAAUGAUGAAACCCUAUCAGUUUGGAGACAAAAACUCUCAGAACACAACAAUGCAAAUACAGUCAAUGGUGUUGUUCAGAUAUUAUCUUCUGCAGCCUGUUGGAAUGGAAGUUUUCUUGAAAAAAAAAUUGAUGAACAUUUUAAAACAAGUCCCAAAAUCCCUGGGAUUGACCUGAACUCAACUAGAGUGUUAUUUGAGAAGUUGAUGAACUCUCAGCACUCCGUGAUUCUAGAACAGAUCUUAAACAGCUUUGAAAGUUGCCUGAUUCCACAGUUGUCAAGUUCACCACCAGACGUUGAAGCAAUGAGAAUCUAUUUAAUACUUCCUGAGUUUCCCCUGCUCCAGGAUUCCAAGUAUUACAUAACACUGACUAUCCCCUUGGCCAUGGCCAUUCUGCGGCUGGAUACAAACCCUAGUAAAGUAUUAGAUAACUGGUGGUCUCAGGUAUGCCCCAAAUAUUUCAUGAAGCUGGUAAACCUCUAUAAAGGUGCAGUCCUUUAUCUACUGAGGGGAAGAAAGACAUUCUUAAUUCCUGUUCUGUUUAACAAUUAUAUUACAGCAGCUCUCCAGCUCUUGGAAAAGCUAUAUAAGGUAAAUCUUAAAGUGAAGCAUGUGGAAUAUGAUACAUUUUACAUUCCUGAGAUUUCUAGUCUCGUGGACAUUCAGGAAGACUACCUCAUGUGGUUCUUGCAUCAAGCAGGGAUGAAGGCUAGGCCAUCUAUAAUACAGGAUGCUGUAACUCUUUGUUCCUACCCUUUCAUCUUUGAUGCCCAAGCCAAGACCAAAAUGUUACAGACGGAUGCUGAGCUGCAGAUGCAGGUAGCAGUCAAUGGAGCCAACCUGCAGAAUGUCUUCAUGCUUCUCACCUUGGAGCCUCUGCUGGCCAGAAGCCCCUUCCUGGUCCUUCACGUUCGUAGGAACAACCUCGUUGGAGAUGCCCUAAGAGAGCUGAGCAUUCAUUCUGACAUCGAUUUGAAAAAGCCUCUCAAAGUAAUCUUCGAUGGGGAAGAAGCAGUGGAUGCUGGUGGUGUUACAAAGGAAUUCUUUCUUUUGCUGUUAAAAGAACUUUUGAAUCCCAUCUAUGGAAUGUUUACCUACUAUCAGGAUUCAAAUCUCUUGUGGUUUUCAGAUACAUGUUUUGUAGAGCACAACUGGUUUCACUUGAUUGGCAUCACUUGUGGACUGGCAAUCUACAACUCCACUGUGGUUGAUCUCCACUUCCCACUGGCUCUCUACAAGAAGUUACUGAAUGUAAAGCCUGGUUUGGAAGAUUUAAAGGAGCUGUCACCCACUGAAGGAAGGAGUCUUCAAGAGCUUUUAGAUUAUCCCGGUGAAGAUGUUGAGGAGACUUUCUGCCUCAACUUCACGAUCUGCCGAGAAAGCUAUGGCGUAAUUGAACAGAAGAAGCUGGUACCCGGUGGAGAUAAAGUGGCUGUGUGCAAAGAUAACAGGCAGGAAUUUGUGGAUGCUUAUGUCAAUUAUGUUUUCCAAAUCUCAGUUCACGAAUGGUACACGGCCUUUUCCAGCGGUUUCCUGAAGGUGUGCGGUGGCAAAGUACUUGAGCUCUUCCAGCCCUCAGAACUAAGGGCCAUGAUGGUGGGGAACAGCAACUACAAUUGGGAAGAGCUUGAAGAGACUGCCAUCUAUAAGGGUGAUUAUUCAGCCUCACAUCCCACUGUGAAACUAUUCUGGGAAACAUUUCAUGAGUUUCCACUGGAAAAGAAAAAGAAGUUUCUCUUGUUUCUGACUGGCAGCGACCGGAUUCCCAUCUAUGGCAUGGCCAGCCUGCAGAUUGUCAUCCAGUCUACAGCCAGCGGGGAGGAGUAUUUGCCCGUGGCUCACACUUGCUACAACCUUCUCGACCUCCCCAAGUACAGCAGCAAAGAAAUUCUGAGUGCUCGGCUAACCCAGGCCCUUGACAACUAUGAGGGGUUUAGUCUGGCCUGAGGCUCCCCAGCUUGUCCUCUGUGUCCCUUCCUUCCUCAGUGUCCACAUUGAGACCAAUACAGAAAAUCAUGGGGAGUGAUUUCUAUUUUUUUAUUGUCUUAAGUGGUUUGGAACUUUUGAAUCCUGAAACUAGUUGAUGUGUUUCUGGGAUUGUAAGUAGUUAACCUUUUUUUUUUGAAAUUAGGGGUUGGGGAUGGGAAGAAUAUUGGCUUUGGUAUGGGAGGUGGUUUUGAUUUUUAUUUUUGUUUUAAAGCAACUACCCAGUGUUUGUUGCACCUGUGAAUGUGUUGCACUGUGCUGGAUAAAAUGGCAGUAGCUUUUUAAACUUUUCCCAAAUGUCUCUCUUAGCCUUGAUCUUUCCUCACAAUGCUUUCUUGUCCUGACUUCUCAUUCGUCUAACAAGAAUGAUUUUGACUGCUCUAUCCCUUCUUACCUGCGCAUGCAAAACAUCUCCUUUCUCUACAGCCUUGGAAAUGCCCUGGCUCCUUGUAGCCCUACACUAACCAAAAGGAGGAAAGGACUACUUCAGAAGCUCCCAAUUUCAGAAAGCUGAGCAUGGGCAGAGCCCUUGCGAGCUUCUGGGAGACUUUAUGAGCAGAUCUUCCUGAAAAAGAAAAAAGUUUUUAGUCAGGUACAGAAGUGCAUGCCAGCAAUCUCAAGCUACUUCUCAGGCUGUUUGGGAGGCUGAGGCAGUCUGGGCAGCUUAGCGAGAUCUUGUCAUAAAACUUUUUAAAAAGCACUGGAGGUGGAACUGAGUGGUAGAGCACUUGCCUGGCAUGUACAAGGCCCUGGGUUCCUUCCACACCAGUACCAGAAAUAAAUAAAUACAGAUUCCUGAGGGAGAUGCAACCUUUCUAUGGCUGUGCUCAUCUCCUCCUCCUCCUUACAGAUAUGCAGAACAGCUUAGAGUUGUACUUGAGCUUAAUUUUGUUCUGUUGCUCAGCCACGUCCCUUGACAGUAAGGUGACCUGGUAAGCCUCUCACCUCGUCUGUUAUGUCGCUUUUAGAGCAAGUUGCAUUCAUUUUUUAGGAGUGUCUAUGUUGCCCAAGAAAAGUAGAAAUAAUACAUUUCUUAUCCCUUUAUCACUUUGUCCUCUACCACUUUCUCAUUCCUUUCUUUUUUCUCCUGAUUCUCCCCUCCCUCAUCCCUGACCUUAUGUUUCCUUCCUUUCUUCCUUCCUUCCUUCUUCCUAUCCUUUUUAAUUUAAAUCUCCUGUCUUCUCUACUAGAUGCAUGAUAGCUAUUGUUAAAUUUUUAUUUAAGUCGCAAAAUUUUGACUUAGAUUUUUUUUCCUCUUCCCUAAUUGUUAAGACCUAUGGACAUUCUUUGUCAAGGAAUUUUUGUUUAUCACAUUUGAAAUGUUUGUUUACAGUAGGAUUUCAAGGGGGAUUGUGUUUAAAUCAAAUAUGUAUAUCCAAAAAAUGACACAUUCAGCACUCUUCGUCAUGGGAUGAGAAAAUUCUAUUUGAUUAAGGAACCCAUGUUCUAAUUUUAAAUUCCUAGUGCUAGAGAAAAGAUUUAUUUAUAUAAAUGAAGUAUUUAUGAACCAUGAUAUAGCAUCAAAUCUCAA